CUUCCAUUGAAAGGAGAGGAGAGACGAGGGGGAGUCAGAUGGGUUAUCAACCAGGGGGAAUGUGCUUUCGAUGUGUGUAUAAGACAAACAUUUUUGCUGGCUCUGCAACAGUUCAAAACUGUUUACAGGUCUGGCUUUAAAAUGCCAAAUGGAUAACGUAUCCUGUCAACUGUUGGUUUACUCAGAGCAACUGCAGAAGCCAUUCACAAUGGCCUCCUCAGUGCAGAAGCUUAGUCACUAAGUAUGACAGUAGUCAACAACAUAGAUUUUUUUUUUUUUUUUUAAACUAUUGUGGCACUGUGUGCUAAACCCAAACUCAUCACUCCUUUGGCUCUAUGGAAGAGAGGGCCAAACAGAACUGUUUAACCUGAACUGCAGGGUGAUAGACUUCAUCCACAGUUUGAAGGAGAGAUGUUAUCUGGAUUCUCAAGAUGUACUCUACAGACCAUGUGGACCUGAUGGACAGGACAGGGGAGCUGGUGAACCUGAGUGUAAAGGAGAAGAGCAUGGAGCAGGCCAGCAGUCUGAUGAAGGAGAGGCACAGCUACGUUCUCAUACGCAUCUGCAGAGGUGAUGGGACUGAAGGGCAGAAGUACGUGCCACUCCUAAAUGACCUUGACAAGAGCCAUCCCGAGUUAGCAGAGGUCCUAAAGAAGCUGUCCAACCCAUGUAAGGAGCAGAAAAAAAAGGGUGGUCCCUCAAGGAAAGGUUCUGUCAAUCAGAUCCGGCGCAAGCCCACUGCUGGAAACAAGAAGAGCCAUCCUGGAAGACUUAAAGAUAUGAAGAAAGGAGAGGAGGAAGGCUGAAAAAGAUGGUGAUGGACAUGCAUGUAUAGAAAGCUAUGGACCACAUACAUGUAAUUGUGUUGGUGCUGUGGUUCUCUUCACUCCAAUAAUUUUUUACUUUGGUAAAUUUAGGUUGAUAAAUUAACAUUCCCACAUAUACCUUGUCAUGAUGUUGGCCUGUGGGUAAGGUUUAUGACCCCCCCACCAUAAAUACCUUUCUCCCUUCCCUCUCUCUUGACUCUACAGAGGGA